AUGGGUGUCAACGUCCGCCAUUCCUUGCUCAGCGCUCUGGCAUUAUCAUUUCCCCUCACUCGAGCGGCAUCUUCAGUCAAUGCCACAGCAGCAUGUCAAUCUAUCUCUGCAACUGGCACAGAAGUCUUGACUUUGGCUGACGCACUUAACCCUCAAUGGACUGAUGCACAGAGCCAUUAUUGGAGCGCCGCAAACGCUGACUUGCAACCGGCCUGUGCAGUAUACCCUACCUCUGCCUUAGCAGUAUCCCAGAUUGUUUCUAUCCUCCAAAAUAAUACUGGGGUUCCCUUUGCAGUGAAAAGUGGCGGCCAUAACCCCAAUGUUGGCUAUUCUUCCGUCGAGGGCGGUGUGCUCAUUUCUAUGAGCAAUCUCUCAUCGACUGUCUUGUCAGAAGAUACAACUACGGCAGAUAUAGGGCCAGGCGCAAGAUGGGUUCAGGUUGCAGAAGCGCUGGAUGGGACUGGAGUGACGGUUGUGAGUGGUCGUCUUGGCGAUGUUGGUGUUGGUGGACUCACCCUUGGUGGCGGGCUGAGCUUUCUUAGCGCUGAGUAUGGCUUGGUCUGUGACAAUGUCAUCAACUACGAAGUUGUUCUUGCGAACGCUUCCAUUGUCAAUGCAAAUGCCUCUAGCAAUUCCGAUUUAUACUGGGCGCUGAAAGGCGGCGGAAAUCAAUUUGGAAUUGUAACGAAGUUCACCAUGAAGACCCAUCCGAUCGGUCAGAUUUGGGGCGGCAUCCGAUCGUAUGCUGCAACCGAAGCAGAGGCGCUUUUGAACGCGACGGAGAACUUCAACGAGAACUACGACAAAGAUCCGAAAGCCGCUGUGAUUGUAACUGGAGAGAUAGCUAUCGACAGUCUUCUGGAAAUUUUUGUUGUGUUCUUCUUCUACGAUGGGCCCACUGCGCCCGCCGGUAUCUUCGACGAAUUUAAUGCCAUCCCGUUUUUGACUGACGGCACGGAAACUCGAAGUUAUUAUGACUUGAUCAACAGCGAUGAUGGCACCAACCUCUAUGGAUUGAGAUAUCUAAUUCGAGCCACCACUCUUCCAAACCUUCCGAACGCUACAGGGAAAGCAUUGUACAACUAUCACUAUAAUGAAUGGAGAAAUUACGUUAUGACGGAAGGUAUUCUCCACCCAGGAUUCAUUUUCAGCCUUGCCUUUCAACCCAUGCCCUACAUCAUUCCCGCUGAAUCAGUCGCAGCUGGAGGUAAUGCAUUAGGCAUGAAUCCAGCUGAAGGAGACCGAAUGUGGAUGGAGUAUGAUAUUUCCUGGUUGACAGCGUUGGGUGAUGAUGAUGCUCACGCAAUGUCGAUGAAUAUCACAGCCACCAUUGACGAAUAUGCCAAAACAGUAUAUGCUGGAAUUAAAAACACUCACUUUGAGGCGGGAAACUUGGAAGAGGAGGAGUACAACCCAAUUUUCAUGAAUGAUGCUAUGUAUGACCAAAUGCCUCUGCAGAGCUAUGAGAAUGAUGGGUAUAUAAAACUGAAGGCUAUUCAACAGAGCGUAGACCCGACUGGGUUCUUCCCAAGUCGAACUGGAGGCUUUAAGUUCACAUAGCAUCAGUAUACAGAGAAAUGGCACAGCAGAUACCUU